ACGCUACUAUACCAAAUUAUAUCAUUCUAUUACCUGUGUCCGGCUGUUUGUUUGUGUGUUUGUGUGUUGAUAUGGUGAGAACGAAAGGUGAACUGUUACACCAAGUUGCAAUGGUCAAAUGCUGCUGUCGUCUGCAUCCCCUCGUUCCUCUACAUCGUGUCACUUUCUUUCAUCGAAACUUCCAUGUACAGAAUGUGAAGAACUAUAAUGUUGAUGCUGGUGAUGGAUUGCCCUGAAAGAAAGAACAAGGGGUGAGAGGGAGGGUGUGUACAAUAUACUGUUGCGUAUAUGUAAACUUCCAUGGUGGAAUGGGAAUCCAUGGACCACGGAGCUUCAGGGUCAUUGCUGCCGAUCGAUUUUUCACUGCUAUUGCUUCUCGCGCUGAUGAUGGCUGCGCUUACUAUCACCAAGAAGCACUCAUCAAGUAGCUGUCGUCACCCGCGGAACUCCCCGGGUUGUCGCAAGAAGAAAGCGAUGACUCUUUUUUUUCAACCCGGGCCUCAUGUAACGAAAACGGGUAACCAACGGAAACAGGUAUCCGAGGAGCCAAAAAAAAAAAAAAAAGCUAAACUGUUUUAUGUGCAAAAGUUGGACUUGGCUUAAAACGUGUCUUUAAAGACAGAAGAGGGCUUAUCUGAUAUGAGUUUUUAUUGUGUGUGUGUGUGUAAUCGUAAGACUAUGUUACUUUU